GGUACAACGAUUUGUUAAACGCCCAGUGUGACGCCAAGCGGGCAGGAUAUUUUAGAGCGGAUUAUUAUUUUUCUUUUUUUUUUUUGGCUUAGAAAAACUUAAGGAUGACAACAGCUGGUUCAAAAGGACCCCUAAUUGGUCAGAGACAUGUCCAAGCAGUCUUGCUAUUUUUUGGAAUUGCCAUAAAUUACAUGACCAAAUACAGUGCCAGCAUAUCAUUGGUGGCCAUGACGAAUGCUUUAACCACAAAUCCGAAUUUUCCGCAAUACGAUUGGAGUGAAACGGAAAAAUCGUAUAUAUUAUCCAGUUUCUUUUGGGGUUAUGUUGUUACCCAACUUCCAGCGGGUUAUGUGUGUAAACGCUAUGGCGCCAAAGCAACAUUGUUGGCUGCAACACUUGGCUCUUCAUUGGUGGGCCUAGUUCUACCCUUCACCUUGAAAUGGGGCGAUUGGCAAAUAUUUUGUGCCGUUCGAGUUUUGCAAGGUCUGCUGCAGGGCUUUGAUUUGGCCGCAGCCUAUGCACAUUUGGCCAAUUGGUGCCCGGUGAAAGAACGUAAUCGUUUGGGUGCCUUGGCCAAUUCGGGUAUUGAAUGUGGCACUCUAUUGGGUAUGUUAGUAAGUGGCAUCAUUGCAACUUCCAGCCUAGGCUGGCCGGGAAUUUCUUAUAUAGCAUGUGCAGCUGGCAUAAUUUGGUGCGGGUUAUGGGAGAUUCUCGGUUCCAGUACACCCAAUACCUCUAAAUUGAUAACUCCUGAAGAGAGGCUGUACAUUCUGACUUCAUUGGAGAAAAAAGCUUCGGAAGACAGUGAAGCCACUCGGAAAUCAAUACCCAUACCAUGGAAGGCUAUUUUAACCUCCCCACCUGUUUGGGCCCUGCUGGUGGCUCGCAGUUCCGAGGCCUGGUGUUUUUCGGCAAUACAAGCUGCCAUACCAAACUACAUGAACGGAGUGUUUGCCAUGGAUAUGAAAAGUAAUACUUUCUAUUCCGCCUUACCCUUCAUAGUGUUGUGGAUAAUGUCCUAUGUAUAUUUGGUGCUGGCUGAUGUGCUCUUGAAUUACAAGGUGCUGACUUUGAAUGGUCUGAGAAAAACAUACAACUCCAUUUCAUUUUGGAUACCGGCAGCAUGCCUUUUUGGUUUGGGCUUAUUGGAGGUACAACAACAGGUUUUGGCUGCCAUUUUGCUGAUAGUGAUUGUGGCCACCAAUGCUGGCAAUAUGAUUGGCAGUGGCCUAAAUGUCAUCGACCUAUCUCCAAAUCACACCGGUAUUGUGAUGAGUCUUAUAAAUGCCACGGCAACCAUAAUGCCAAUUCUAACGCCCAUAGUGGCGAGUGCCAUUGUCGAGGAUAAUUCCAAUUACAGACAAUGGCAAAUCUUGUUUGCCAUCUGUGGCAGUGUUUACACUGUGGGUAAUAUAAUCUAUCUGAUUUCGGGAUCCACCGAUCCUCAGCCAUGGAAUGAUCCAGAUUUUCUUUUGCAUAGAAGUCAAAAUGAUUAUGAACCGAGUUUGGACGAUCAGCCGUCAGGGAGUAAAGUUGCAAUUGAAAUUAAUAAAAUUGGAGAUUGAACCCUCAACAAGUGGUCAUGGGUUAAAAUUGUUCCUUUGUGUUUUUAUUUUUUAUAAAUAUUACACCAUU